AUGUCUUUAUGUCAACGACAACGAGGACCUUACGUGACUCGAGCAUGUACAAAUUGCCAACAGAGACAUGUAAAAUGCACAGGAAGUGCAACAUGUCAAUAUUGUUCUUUACAUGGUCUUGAAUGUAUUUUUAUCAGUUCAAAUAAAAGACGCGGACCAAAAAGAAAACGCGAACCAAGAAAAAAAAGCAAAACAUUAGAACAGAACUAUGUUCCUGAUAAUCCUGAAAAUAAUUCGAAUGGAGUUUCUAUGAAGCCCAUCUUAAUUCAUAAUCACGCAUUAACCUUUCAAGAUAAUAAUGAUAUUAUUUUCUAUUCUAACUCUUAUGACGAACUUCAAGACGUUCAUACUUUUCAAGAAAUUGCGCCCUUUGUUUAUCAAAGCAACCAUCCUAAUUUAUAUUAA